AUGACUGUAAAUGCCGAAAAGAGUAAUGGAGGGCUUAAUUGGUUUGUAACAGGUUUAUUUAUUGUAGCACAAUUAGCUGGAGGAGGUAUUGUUGCUUUGCCAACAGCUGUGAUUCAAUCGGGUUUAUGGACGGGCAUUUUUCUCAAUAUUCUUCUUACAAUAAUGGCUUGCUCUACAUCUAUAAUGCUUGGAAAGUGUUGGUUAAUUUUACAAAGACGUUGGCCUGGUAUUUAUAAAGAUAAUCAUUGCCGAGAACCUUAUCCAGAAAUUUGUAUGAGGGCUUUAGGCCCUCGAUUUAAGUAA